AUGGGUUAUGCCUCUCGCCUAUUUCCGCCAUACUUUAAGUAUGCUGUAUUUCUCUUCGUUGGAUUUCAAUUUCUAUACUGUGCCUUUGUACUUGCUAUCAGCGAGGCUUACUAUAAAUCUGCCGCACUUAUUCUGCCAAUAGCAUAUCGAAUGUUCGAUGAUACUGUGAAGAAAAAUGUGCCCGGUUUUGACUGGACGCCUGCUGAGCAGUCUCAACUUGAAAUGUACAAAUAUAAAAUGAUGGUUCUAUGGGUGAUGUCAACGAUAGGUGUACUGCUUUGCAUGAUCAUCAUCAUUCCACAAUUCUUUGAUUUCAACAACAAGAGAGGAGAUCCUAGUCACUUGUGUCUAGUCCAUCGACGGUUAGCAUGGGUGAUGUUCGGCAUUAUGGCGGUCUUUGUCACAGCAAUGUUUGCGGCUGUUCUAUGGGCAUGGUUGGGAGGUGGAGCAGCGUCACGAUCGUUUCACGAACACUUUGCUGCUGCCGAAAAGGAAGAGGUGUUCCUCACGGAACUUGAGGAAAACCUCGAUUGCAUCACCGAUGAUGACAAGGAGGUGGCUGAUGAGCAUAGGUGCUGGCAAAACGUAUCCAUAAGCUUCGUACAUGAUCUCUGGCUCGAUCUCUUGCUCUACGUUUACCUAGUCGGCAAUGCACUGGCUUUCUUCGCCAUACCAUUCUUCAACAAAUUACUAAUCAAAUCUGAUGAUGAAGCAGCAGAUGCGAAACUUCUCGACGCAUAGUCACUUCUUCAAUAUUGAAUCCUUUGAGGGUGCAUAGCUAAUUCGAAGACAGGUCGUCUGGUUCUUGAUACUUUCAUUAUUGACUCGGUAUCUCAUUUACAUUCACGUCUUCGGACCACGUGAAACCAUUCCCGUUUGUAUGGCAUACUGUAUCGUACGUAGUAUGUCAAGGCACAGCUCAGUCAGCUCAGUGUGAUUUUCGCUUUCUUAUGGGUCAUAUUUCUCGGAAUAUUGUUGCUCAUUUUUUCAGCUCGUUUUGCUCAAAAGAUAUGAUUCUGAUAUAAUUUAUGAUGUUGUUUAUAUUUGUCAUUCUCACUAAGAUUUUA